CACACACACACACACACACACACACACACACACGCAAGGGUGAGAGAGACGCAGAGCCAUUCCGAGCAAACACAACCCCCUUUCUAACAAAAAAACGGAAUAAAACUGAAGUGUUUUGAACUGCUGUCAUGGCAAUGACUGCAAAAAUUAAAGAAAUAGUCAGUCGGAAUAAGAGGCGAUAUCAAGAGGAUGGGUUCGAUUUGGACUUAACUUACAUAUACCCCAACAUAAUUGCCAUGGGCUUCCCUGCCGAAAGGUUGGAGGGAGUCUACAGAAACAACAUAGAUGAUGUGGUUCGAUUUCUAGAUUCGAAGCAUAAAAAUCAUUAUAAAAUUUAUAAUCUAUGUGCUGAAAGACACUACGAUGCAUCCAAAUUCAAUUGUAGGGUGGCUCAAUAUCCCUUCGAGGACCAUAACCCGCCACAGUUGGAAUUAAUAAAACCCUUCUGCGAGGAUCUCGACCAGUGGCUGUCCGAAGACGAGAACCAUGUGGCGGCUAUCCACUGCAAGGCAGGCAAAGGCCGCACAGGGGUCAUGAUAUGCGCCUACCUGUUGCAUCGCAGGAAGUUCUCAGAGGCACAAGAGGCACUGGACUUUUAUGGGGAAGUCAGGACCAGAGAUAAAAAGGGGGUCACCAUUCCCAGCCAGCGCAGGUAUGUGUAUUACUACAGCUACCUGCUGAAGAACAAGCUGGAAUAUAAACCCGUUGCUCUCCUGUUCCAUAAAAUGGUUUUCCAGACUCUGCCCAUGUUCAGUGGGGGCACCUGCAGGGACAGUACUGUUAAAAACAGGAGUGAGGUGAAUCCCCAGGGCUUCAAGAAAGGCAACUGGCACUGGGACCCUCAGUUCGUCGUGUAUCAGUUGAAGGUAAAGAUCCACACGUCAAACCCAGCCCACACACGGAGGGAAGAGAAGCACAUGAUCUUUGAGUUCCCUCAGCCUCUUCCGGUUUGUGGCGACAUCAAAGUGGAAUUCUUCCACAAACAGAGCAAGAUGAUGAAGAAGGAUAAAAUGUUCCAUUUCUGGAUAAACACGUUCUUCAUUCCGGGUCCCGAGGAAGCUGGGGAGAAAGUGGAGAAUGGGUCGGUGGUCAACGACGUGGACAGCCUCUCCUCCCAGAGCCAGAGCUCCCCGGCAGAGAGGGAGAGAGGGAUCGCAGCGGGAGGACUUGAAAGAGAAAAGGGUGCAGAAAGGGGAGGAGAGCGAGUGGGAGUAGCGGAUGGAGAUAAAGACUACUUGAUUCUGACCUUAACAAAGAACAACUUGGAUAAGGCCAAUAAGGACAAAGCUAACCGAUACUUCUCACCCAACUUCAAGGUGAAGCUGUACUUCACCAAGACCGUGGAGGAGCCCUCAAACUCAGAAGCGAGCACUUCAACUUCUGUCACUCCGGAUGUGAGUGAUAAUGAACCCGAUCACUACCGCUAUUCAGACACCACUGAUUCUGACCCAGAAAACGAACCUUUUGAUGAGGAACAGCACGCACAGAUUACAAAAGUCUGAACACUUUUUGGCAUCUACACCACACACACACACUCACACAAAUACAUGCCGGACAAAAACAAGAAAAACCAACCAACACCAGUGAAAUAAAAAAAGGAGAAAACUUGAAAAUAAACUGAAGAGAAAAGGACCCUUCCUCCCCUACCCCUCCUACAGCUCGAGGACAGUAGUGUCAAACGCCAUUGAUCACGGACAAAGAAAAUAUCCUGACCAAUAUGUUAUUUUACUUCAUUUUGAUCGAUGAAUUUCGUGUUUGGAUAACAACACCGUUGCCUGAGGUGGGAGGGAGGGUCCUGUAGCUAUUCUGUGUAUAUAAAAUCCCUUUUUUGUGUCAAAGACGUUAAAAAUCUAGGCAAUCAGGAGAGGGGAGGGGAGGGGAGGUAGAGCAGACCACACAUCUCUCCUUCUCCCUGUCUUCACCCAGGCCAGUGCUGCAAUCACCCUCUCCCCCUCUCCCUCGCUCUCGCUCUUCCCCUCCUUACUGUGAAUGCUUCUUGUGCUGUCUGCAGGCGCUAAGACCUUUGACCCCUUCCUGCGCGGUGUGUGCUGGUGUACGUAGUCUUUCAGGCUGUUGUACAAAGGCUACGGCUGCCAGCGUUCCUUUUCCUAGCCUCACAACCUACCCUGCCCCCACCCCACUGUGUAUAACGAUAAAUUAUGCAGAAAAACACGACAUCCCAUGUAAUUGUCGUUUUUUUUUUCUUUUUUUUCUUUUUAUCCUAAGAUAAUAA